ACGCAGCCCUUGUUACCAUGUUAUUUGGGUUCGUUUCAACCCGCGGCCAUGAAAAACAACCCGCGGAAACAGAGUAAAAGCAGCCCAAUUCCGCGGGCAAAACCGGGGACUUGGCAACACUGCUUCGGACGUCACAGAUCACGUGGUUAUGUCUAAACGAAUCAAGCUCCGGUUCCGGUCUUCACAGUUUGUUUCUGUUUCGUGUUGACUCGAGCUUGAAGUGUCGGUGCUGAACGAACAUCAGUGAGUUUGACAUAUCUUCAGGAAGAGAUCUUCAUUUCCUCAUCCCAGCUGUGUGUCUCUGAAGAGCCGUCGAUCCAGAGUUCAUCGUGAAUUCAGUGAUGGAGCAGUGACCUCUGACCCCAGUGUUUCCAUAUACAGGGAAGAUGUCAGACUCUGAGACGAGGAAGAGAUCUUCAUCUCCAGAUCCCAGCUGUGUGUCUCUGAAGAGUGAUGGAUCCAUGAUUCCUCCUCCUGUAUUCAGUGAUGGAGCAGUGACCUCUGACCCCAGUAUCUUCAGGAAGAGGAAGAGAUCUUCAUCUCCAGAUCCCAGCUGUGUGUCUCUGAAGAGUGAUGGAUCCAUGAUUCCUCCUCCUGUAUUCAGUGAUGGAGCAGUGACCUCUGACCCCAGUAUCUUCAGGAAGAGGAAGAGAUCUUCAUCUCCAGAUCCCAGCUGUGUGUCUCUGAAGAGUGAUGGAUCCAUGAUUCCUCCUCCUGUAUUCAGUGAUGGAGCAGUGACCUCUGACCCCAGUAUCUUCAGGAAGAGAUCUUCAUCUCCAGAUCCCAGCUGUGUGUCUCUGAAGAGCGAUGGAUCCAUGAUUCCUCCUCCUGUAUUCAGUGAUGGAGCAGUGACCUCUGACCCCAGAGAUGAUCCGACUGGAGACCAGGAUUCUCCUCAAGCAGUAGAUGAUGAACUCCAGAGAGUCAAAGAGCAGCUCAAAACCAGCAUGAAGAACAAGUAUGAGAGAUUAUUUGAGGGACUGAACCUCCAGGAGAAUGAAACCCUCCUGAACAGGAUCUACACACAGCUCUACAUCAUAGAGGGAGAGAGUGAAGGAGUGAAUGAACAACAUGAGGUUUUCCAGAUGGAGAAAACAGCCAGAACACAACACUCACAAGACACUCCAAUCUACUGCAAUGACAUCUUUAAAGCCUCACCUGAACCAGGAUGUGAGGAGAAACACCAGAUCAAGACUGUUCUUACUAAAGGCAUCGCUGGAAUCGGAAAAACCGUCUCUGUGCAGAAGUUCAUUCUGGACUGGGCCGAGGGAAAAGACCAUCAGGAUGUAGAUUUCAUGUUUGUGCUUCCAUUUCGAGAGCUGAACCUGAUCCGAGAUCAUCGGUACAGUCUUCACAGACUUCUGCUGGACUUUCAUCCUGAACUUCAAGAUCUGGACUCAAAGAUUUAUGAGGAGUGUAAAGUUGUGUUCAUCUUUGAUGGUCUGGAUGAAAGCAGAAUCACACUGAUGUUUUCAGACGCUCAGAAAGUUUCUGAUGUCACUGAGACUUCAUCAGUGGGUGUGUUGAUGUCAAAGCUCAUGACAGGAGAGCUGCUUCCCUCUGCUCUCAUCUGGAUCACCUCCAGACCAGCAGCAGCCAAUCAGAUCCCCUCCAGAUACAUCAACCGUCUGACAGAGAUUCAGGGAUUCAAUGAGCCUCAGAAGGAGGAAUAUUUCAGGAAGAGAAUCAGUGACGAGCAUCAAGCCAGCAGAAUCAUCUCACACAUCAGAAGAGCAAGAAGCCUCCACAUCAUGUGCCACAUACCCGUCUUCUGCUGGAUCUCAUCCACUGUGCUUCAAAAGCUCCUGGAAGAAGAUCUGAGUGCAGAAAUCCCUCAAACUCUGACUGAAAUGUACAUCCACUUCCUGCUGAUUCAGAUCAACAUGAGGAAUCAGAAGUAUGGAGAGAGAGAUCCAGAGAAACUCCUGCUGUCCAACAGAGAAGUGAUUGUGAAACUUGCUGAAGUGGCUUUCAAUCAGCUGAUGAAGGGCAAUGUGAUGUUCUACGAGGAGGACCUGAGAGAGAGCGGCAUAGACGUCACUGACGCCUCAGUGUAUUCUGGGAUUUGCACUGAGAUCUUUAAGGAGGAAUCUAUGAUUCAUCAGAGGAAAGUCUACAGCUUCAUUCAUCUGAGCUUUCAGGAGUUUCUCGCUGCUUUCUAUCUGUUUUAUUCACAUGUGAUCAAGAACAAGAAACUACUGAAUGAAUUCAGAUUUUACAGAUCUGAUAAAGACUCUCUGGAUGAUCUACUAAUAUCAGCAGUAAAUAAAGCCCUCAGGAGUAGGAAUGGACAGCUGGAUCUGUUCCUGCGGUUCCUGCUGGGCGUCUCACUGGAGUCCAAUCAGAGACUCUUACAGGAUCUACUGACACACACAGAGAACAGCUCAGAGAGCAUCAGGAGAAUCACACAGUACAUUAAAGAGAUGAUCAAAGAUCGACGUGCACGCUCAUAUAGAGAAGAUAGUGAUCUCUCCACUGAAAGAUCCAUCAAUCUGUUCCUCUGUCUGCUGGAAGUCAAAGAUCAGUCUCUGUCCAGAGAGAUUCAGGAGUUUGUGAAAUCAGACAAACGCUCAGAGGAGAAACUCUCUCCGUCUCACUGCUCAACAAUCUCCUACAUGAUUCAGAUGUCAGAGGAGCCGCUGGAUGAGCUGAACCCCAUGAAAUACAACACAUCAGCUGAGGGGAGAAGAAGACUGAUACCAGCUGUGAUCAACUGCAGAAAAGCUCUAUUUUCUGGCUGUAAUCUCUCAGAUCAGCAUUGUGAAAUUGUGUCUUCAGCUCUACAAUCCUCAAACUCUGUCCUGAGAGAGCUGGAUCUGAGUAACAAUGAUCUACAGGACUCUGGUGUCAGCUUCAUUUCUGAUGGACUGAAGAGUCCAAACUGUCAGCUGCAGAUCCUGAGACUUGCUCUCUGUAAUCUCACUGCUCAGUGUUGUGACAGUUUGUCAUCAGCUCUACAAUCCUCAAACUCUGUCCUGAGAGAGCUGGAUCUGAGUAACAAUGACCUACAGGACUCUGGUGUCAGCUUCAUUUCUGAUGGUCUGAAGAGUCCAAACUGUCAGCUGCAGAUCCUGAGGUUGUCUGGCUGUAUGGUGACAGAGGAAGGCUGUGGUUAUGUGUCUUCAGCUCUGAGUUCAAACCCCUCACACCUGAGAGAGCUGGAUCUGAGCUACAAUCACCCAGCACAAUCAGGAGUGCAGCUGCUCAACCACAAACUGGAGGAUCCAAACUAUAAACUGCAGAUACUCAAUGUGGAUCAUGGAGGAGAGGUAAUGAUGACAGCAGGACUACGAAAGUAUGCCUGUGAUCUCACACUGGAUCCAAACACAGCAAACACUCGACUCGUUCUGUCUGAUGGGAACAGAAAGGUGAUGCGUGUGGAAGAGGAUCAGCCUUAUCCUGAUCAUCCAGAGAGAUUUGUGUAUCAUCAGGUUCUGUGUAGAGAGAGACUGACUGGACGCUGUUACUGGGAGGCUGAAUGGAGCGGAGAUGAUGCUGAAAUAUCAGUGACAUAUGAAGGAAUCAGCAGGAAAGGAAGGAGAGAUGACUGUGUGUUUGGAUGGAAUGACAAAUCCUGGAGUCUGCUCUGCUCUGCUGGAGGAUUCACUGUCCGUCACAAUAAGAACAGGACUGUUAUACCUCCUGACCGUCUAUCCUCUAAGAGAGCAGGAGUGUAUGUGGACGUGUCGGCCGGCUCUCUGUCCUUCUACAGUGUCUCUGACACACACACACUCACACACUUACACACACUCAACACCACAUUCACUGAAGCUCUCUGUGCUGGAUUUGGUGUUUAUUCCUCAGUGUCUCUGUGUGAUAUUAAAGGAUAGAGAGACACUCUGUAAAUCCUCUUUCUGAUCUUCACACACACUCAUCAAAUCUCACUUCAUUACAUUUGUAUUCAUUCAUUUUUAAUUCAUGUUUUUCAUUGUCAUCUAGAAGUUACACCUCUUGAUCAGACACACACACUGUUCUGAAUCUGGAUUCACUCGCAAAUCUCUCUGUACUCUUGCAGAAAUUAAUUUGCUUCUGGAUUAAACGCUGUCAAAAGUUAUCAACCAAUCAGAAGAGACAACUCAUCCAUGAAAAUGCUACGUGGAAUCUUAUUGGUUGAGAGUGAACUGCGUCUAGAAUUCUUUCGACAAAGAUGGAUAUGUAAUUUCUUUACAGUUUAAUAAUAUUUAAUAAGAUUAAUCAAAAUUUAGUCCAAAAUUUAGCGCUUGGAUGUUUUCCAUAUUAAUAAGCCUGUUUGUAACUGCAUCCCACAGGUCAAACCCCACUGAACGAUUUAUCCAAAACCAUCAUAUUAGCCAAUAUCAUGGACCAAAACAUUAAAUUAAACAAUUUAAAACAAAAGAUUAAAUAACUAAUGUUAUUAAUUAGUCUAUUCAGAAAUGUGUAAUAUAGGAAGAUUUGUCUGUAAGGGUAAUGUUUAAACGCACAGCUACCUGACAAAUAUAAACCGUUAUUCCUCUGCGUGAGGAAGAUCCAUUUAGGUCCGCUCUGACGAACAACAAAAAACUUCCUGAAACUAACUAACUCUUCCAUCCAGAUAGCGAAAUUCUGUUUUUACUGUUAUAUCUAUUUG